GGAGUGCGGCGCCAACCGCGCUCUGCUCUACGUGCGCAAACUCUGCCAGGGCAGCAAGGGCCCAUCCAUCCGCCACCGCGGCGAGUGGCUCACCCCCAACGAAUUCCAGUUCGUCAGCGGCCGCGAGACGGCCAAGGACUGGAAGCGCAGCAUCCGCCACAAAGGGAAGAGUCUGAAGACACUGAUGUCCAAGGGGAUUCUGCAGGUGCACCCCCCAAUCUGCGACUGUCCGGGCUGUCGGAUCUCCUCCCCGGUGAACCGGGGGCGAUUGGCAGACAAGAGGACAGUCGCUCUGCCUCCUGCCCGGGUCUUGAAGAAAGAACUGACCUCCAGCUUCAUAGCCAGUGAUGGCGACAGCGACGGGAGCGGGCCAGCCUGCGGGCAGCGGCCUGGCUUGAAGCAGGAGGACGACACACACAUCCGGAUCAUGAAGAGAAGGGUCCACACCCACUGGGAUGUGAACAUCUCCUUCCGAGAGACGUCCUGCAGCCAGGAGAGCGACCUUCCCACUCUCCUAUCCAGCCUGCAUCGCGGCGGCCGCCUCGUUAUGCCUGAGCGUCAGAGCCGCUGUGACUUCCAGAGCAGCAGCGUGGAGAUAGGCCUGGGUGGUCCAGGCGACCUGUUGGGCAAGAGGCUAGGCCGCUCCCCCCACAUCGGCACUGACUGCCCUUCGGAGAAGAAGGCUCGAAGCAAGUCCCCCCAAGAGACUCUGCUGCUGUCAGAGCUGGGGCCCAGCAUGGCCCCCGAGGAUCACUACCGCCGGCUCAUGUCCGCACUGAGUGAGGCCGGCACCUUCGAGGACCCGCAGCGUCUCUACCACCUGGGCCUCCCCAGCCAUGGUGAGUGCCCCUUACCAAGUGUCCACCUACCUGUGCUGGACCUCCUGAGGGUCCGGCAGGAGGUGGCAGCAGCAGCAGCAGCUGUGAGGAGCCCCAGUGGCCUGGAAGUCCACCUGCCCACGUCCACAGGUCAACGUCGGAAGCAGGGCCUGGCCCAGCACCGAGAGGGCAGUGCUCCAGCCGGCACCCCAUCCUUCUCCGAGAGGUACUGGGUGUCUGUCUCAGAGGCCCCCAUAUUCACUGUGCUUGUUGCCGGGGUGGAGACUCGUCACCUGGUUUGUGCAGGUCAGGGCAGCAGCCUGCACCUUCCUACUUGUCAGCCACCCGUCAGCCCGGCCUCAGCCCGGCCCAGUGAGCCCAAGACCACCUGGGCUGAGCUCUGGGUACAGGAUGGCUCUGAGGAUGAGCCCCCCAAGGACUCAGACGGAGAGGACCCCGAAAUGCUGGCUUUUGGGGGCCAGGGCCUCACCCCAGGUGGAGGGGCCAGCUCUGAGCGGAAGGGACUUCUCUCAGGGUCCCUGCCCCCCUCUCUGCCCUUGAGCGUGCCCUGCGUCAGCCCCUACUUCCACACAGGCGCCAUGGGGGGACUCUUCAGUGAUGGGGAGGAGGCCACCGCCCCCGAGGACAUCAGCAAGUGGACAGUGGACGAUGUCUGCAGCUUUGUGGGGGGCCUGUCGGGCUGUGGAGAAUACACACGGGUCUUCAGAGAACAGGGGAUAGAUGGGGAGACGCUGCCCCUGCUGACGGAGGAGCACCUCCUGACCACUAUGGGGCUAAAGCUGGGGCCUGCUCUCAAGAUCCGGGCGCAGGUGGCCAAGCGCCUGGGCCGAGUCUUCUACGUGGCCAGCUUUCCGGUGGCAUUGCCACUGCAGCCACCAGCACUGCGGGCCCCCGAGCGGGCACUCACCUCAGGGGAGCAGCCCCCGUCCCCAGCAACGGCCCCCUCGCCCUUUGGGGGGGGACAUCCCACUGCUGGCCAAGCCUCACCCAAGCAAGAGAACGGGACCGUGGCUCUGCUCCCAGGGCCUUCAGACCCCUCCCAGCCUCUGUGCUGAGUUGUGGAGCCCACCCUUCAGUGCCAGCCACUGCGACGCAAAGGCCCCUCCCCACAGCUGCUUUUCCUCUGGUUUGGGAGCAAAAACACAAAGAACUUCUAAAAAGAAAACAUGUGACGAGAGGAAAGGAAUGUGUUUUAAAAAACUUCUGGGGGUGACGCAGAGCCUGGCGCACACGCCUGGGAUCCAGCCCGGUGCUGCAGACAAA